AUGUUACGCCGUCUUCCGCGUUGGUGGCGUGGCUAUCCUCCUCUCAAACCGUCCCUUCGAUCAUCACAACUGCAAUUGCAAACUCCUCCACACCGUACACACCAACAUAUCAAGUUUCGACUUUUCGUACAACUGCAUCUUUCAGGAAGAAGACGAAGUCGAUCGAACGUAACUACGCUCGAUAAGCGAAUCCUUCCGUUGCAGAAAACUUUAUGGCUUGAUGAGACUGCCAUGGAACCUUCUAGAAUGCCGUUGUAUAGGUUCGGCAACACCUCGGUCGUUAUCGACAUUUACCUGAUAAUGGAUUGGAACUUCUUACAUCUACUUACCAUAAGAAGAUGA